AUGGCGGACAGGACUUCGCGACAGGCUCCUCCACCUGGUGCUCCGCGACGGGCGGUGCGACGUAAUCUGUUCCAGGGCCUGACUAGGAGACCGACGGGCACCACGGCUGCAAACGCGACGACGGCGACUGGUGCGGGCGGUAUGGCCGUGGCAGGGGCAUCGGGGGUCACUUCGCCCGGGAACGGAGCGGAGACGCUGAGACUCGACGUUGAUGUGCUUUCUGAUGGCGGAGCGGCUACUCCACAGCUGACUGAGAUUGUCGUCCGCGACGAGCAUGGUGAGAUUGAGUUGGGAGAGCUGCCGACGCUCGUGUUUGACGACGUGGAUGAGGCUGCGCUGGAUGAUCGGGAAGAGAGCAAGAAAGAGCGGCAGAGGCUGGCGGAGGCUGUGAAGCAGCACCAGGUUAACCAUACAGCGGUCCGCGAACAACCAGAAGAGCUGCUCGAAGCCGUUAGGGCUAGUUUGAGGGCAAAGGUUGCUGCUCUCGCCGAAGACAACUGGAUGUACGAGGCAGAGGCGGAACCGCCCCGUGCCUUCUGA